AUGGCACCAAGCACGAUGAAUGCAGUCGUAUUCAAAGGAAAACUCAAAGUUGAAGUCGAACAGCGACCUGUACCUCAAAUUCAAGAACCAACAGAUGUCAUCGUGAAGGUCCGCUAUUCAGCAUUAUGUGGGAGUGAACUUCACGUGUUUCGAGGACAUCAGGAGUCCCCCGAUGGCUUCGUUAUGGGACACGAGUUUACCGGCGAGGUAAUCGAAAUAGGCUCUGAGAUCAUCACUGUAGCCGUUGGUGAUCACAUCGUCGCGCCUUUCACCGUCACUUGCGGUAAAUGCUUCUUUUGUCAACACGGAUUUUCCUCCCGUUGCUCUAAGGGUAAGCUCUUCGGCACAGCAGCUCUGGAUGGUGCUCAGGCAGAAUAUGUGCGCAUCCCACUGGCCGACUCGACAGUUGUCAAGGCUCCGAAAGAGAUUGACGAGAAGAAGCUGGUUCUUAUGGCCGAUAUAUUCCCUACCGGCUAUUUCGCCGCGGCAAACGCCUUUAGCGGCAUCUCCAAGCAAGUGGCAAGCGAAAGUGUGGUUGUACUCUUCGGGCUUGGUCCCGUGGGCAUCUGUGCUUUAGUCAGUGCUUUAACUUACGAGCCGAAACAUUUAAUCGCAGUCGACAGCGUUCAAGACAGACUAGAUCUUGCUGGACGAUUAGGAGCCGAGCCCUGGAACUUCCAGACUCAGAAGGACGAGCUAUUCACAAGAGUCAAGGAGUUGACUGAAGGUAGGGGUGCCGAUGUUGUCAUCGAAGUUGUUGGACAUAGCUCUGCGUUGGAGAUGGGCUUCGAACUCUUGAGGCCAUGGGGGACAAUCUCGAGCGUCGGCGUUCAUAACGGCCCCAUACCAUGGAGCGGGAACCAAGCUUACGGCAAGAAUCUGAGAAUUCAGAUGGGUCGAUGCCCCGUCAGGAGCAUUUUUGGGGAUGCCCUUAAACUUCUUGCUGAGAAACAGCACACUCUGGAUUUCAUGACUACCGACAUUAGACCACUUUCCCAGGCAGUUACAGCUUACGACGACUUCAACCAGAUGAAAACACAGAAAGUCAUAUUCGAUGCGACCAAAUAA